AUGGACGAAAAUGCUUUCCAAGAAGCCGUGGCUGCGGCCGUCCCCGGCGCGUUCGAUAAUUCUAGCGCCUGGCGCAACUUCACCAUGUGGACGGCGCAGCAUCUCGGCAUGGCCGUCAACAUGACGAAGCUGGCGCCAUCAUUGGAGGAUCUGGUUUGGGCAGGCCCGCGCAUGGUUAUGAGGCUGGGCAGGCUUGGUUCUUUGAUCUCGUUUCCGGAGGCCAUUGACGGGUUUGGCCAGCGGAUUGUCCCCGGCGCCACCGACAUGGGUAUCUUCUCCUCGUCGUCCACCCUCGUACCCCCCGGUGUGGCCGAUGUUUUUACCGAAUCGACUGCCGCCAACCUAGCGGCCGCUUCGACUUCCUCCUCCGGAUCCUACAUAUCAGCGGCCGCCACCGCUGCUGCCGGCAACGCAACACAAAAUCCGCAUGCUUUUGUGUCGCGGUUUUCGAUGGAGGGCGCAAAGGGUUUGGGAGGCGUCUUCAGCUAUGCCACCAGCAAGUGGGCGCUCUGCUGCAUCGCCAUGGCUAUUAUCUUCAACCGCACCCACGUCUUCGCCGCUACCCGCCGUAGGCUUCGUCUCCGAUGGCACGUCCGGCUUCUGCUGCGGGUCUUGCCCGUCGCCCUGUUCAUGCUCCAGGCAAGGUGGCUCUUGCAAUCCAUACAGUGCCAGACCUCGAACGACUUCUUCGAGCUGCGCUGGGCAAACUCGAGUAAGAGCUCUGACCUCAUGUUUUCAUAUCCGAAUCCCAUUUUCAAUCGGAUUAGUUCGACCUUGUUGUUCGGCGCCUCUGAUGAACAGUCAUGCCGCUCCGUCAAGAUGGUGCCCUGGGACGACCGGGAUCAGCCAGAGCUCACCGGGUCUCUCUCCCGGUUGUGGCCCCUCUUUGGGACUUAUUGCUUGAGCCAAUUUGUUGAGGUUCUUGCUUGCGCUGUCCAGGGCCGUCCGGUAGCUGCUGAGACGGGCAUGACUUUGUUCGAACACUCUCUCGCAUUCGCCGAGGCGGAUGCUGCAAUCAGCAACCAGCUGGGAUGGGGGCUGUUUACCAACGGCACCGCUUCUGCCUCUCAUGCCGCUCUUGGAUCCAAGGUUGCACUUACCAGGUCGAUGAUCCUGAAACGGGUCAACACGCCUCCCGAAGUACUUGUUGUUGCCCUUCUGUCGGCCAUGAGCCAUACUACGAGCCAUAUCCUGGGAAUAUUCAACCUGCAAUCCAAGUUCCGUCUUCUGAGCACGGGCUUCUGGGGGCUUUGCUUCAUGGCCAGCUUGCUGUGGAGUGCCUUCAACUUUUCGGUUGAAGACCCCGCGGCGCAAGGGUUGAUGAGGUUCCCGACUGUCUGUAUCAUCGGCUUCAUCCCGCAUAUCCUCAUUUUGUGUGGCAUAUUCACCUGCGGUCUCGUGUAUGCCGCGGCCCUCACGCUUUCUGCCCUCUCCGCGCCGGAAGCAGACCGUAACGGCGAACGGCCUUCCAUACGCCAACGCCUCCAGAGCGCGCAUGCCAACAUGCAAGCUAACGUAUCCCUUUCGGAUAUUCGUAUCAGGAUGGAUAUGGACUUCUACACCGCGCUCCUACGAGCGGGCUUUGGGGCCAUCACAAUGGCGAGCGAGGCAGUCUACCUCAAUGAAGACCACCAGGUGAACCUGAAACGGUACACUUGGCUAGAGGAUGACAGGUUUCGGGAGCUCGAAGAGCUGCGGAUGCAAUGGAUCGGAGGCGGCAUUCCUGGGUCACGUUUCGAUUCCGUGGGAACAAUCGGCCUCGUGCCGGUGAAGGAUGGGAAUGCCAUGAGUGGCUAUGCGAGGGAAAGGGCCGCGCAACAAAUUCCAAAAAGCAACACUUCUGGGAGGAGGGUUCGUGACGGCGUGGGUGCUGCUGAGCGGAGCUCGCGGUGGCUCAUAGCCUUCGAUUAUCUGCUACACAUUGUCAAACUGAUGCUCACUGUGUGGGCACUCAUCACAAUCAGGACCAUGGCCCUCUUUGGGCUGCGCACACCCCCACGGUGGCUCCAAGGCCUGUCACAGCGGACCAAGUCAGAAGCAUCAUCCAACAAGAAGGCAUCACGCCGCGGUCGGGGGCUAAACGUCGAUAUCUUGUCACCUGGCGAAGGCCGGGUCUUUUUCGCCAUCCCCCGGGUCGAUCAAGUCGACGUGGAGGCUGAACUGCGUCGCCGGAUGCGGAGGAACAACCUAGGGAUAACGAGCGCCGAGGGCGACUCCGUGGAUGAAGGGGAGGUCGAUUCCAAGCUCUACAGCUACUUCCUCCGAGGAGGUUGGUGGGGGGGCGACGAUGCCAGUGGCGACUACACCCCCCCGUUCCCUCAACACUCCAAUGCUAGUCCAGACGAGCCCGAUUUCGACGAUACUACCAGUGUCAUUUCCACGACCGAAACCGCAAGUGAGUUGGAUUGGGAAUCUGACCACGACGACACCGAGUCGCUUGAAGACGGCCAGCGCACCCCAACCCAACAAAACCCUAACCCCUUUUCCUUCGCCUCAGCCGUGGCCUCUGCCCGCGCAUCCCGCGAAUCUACCCCUGUCUUCGACACCCCCAUAGCUACCGCCGACCUCGCCCGGCUCCUCCAUCCCCAGAACCCGCAAGACCGUGAUGAGGCCCGCGCCCUUGCCGCACACCUCACUAGCGACGGCAUCAUGACCCGCUCGCGCUUCAAGCAGCAACUUCAGCGCCAGCGUGCCCAAGUACUGCUCACCAAUACCCAAGCCACAGCCCAUCUCCACCACCAAUAUCCCUCGGCCGCUAGAGGUGUCCUGGAGAAAAUGACCCCCGAAGAAGAGGCUCGCGCGCUCGAGCAGCUUUUGCUUUCCCGCCGCGCCGCUGCCCGGUCGGGAGGGUCAUUACAUCAAACCUCACCGCUCUCUAACACAGGGCGACCACCAACAGAAGGAACAGACCAAUCGCACGAAGGUAUCUCAGGUUCCUCAUCCGGUGCGGACGCCAAUUCCUCGUGGGCCACCGGCGCCGCCGGCCUAGGUCCCGAUGGCCCGCAAUGCGUAGUCUGCCAGAGCACGCCGCGAACCAUCAUUGUCUGGCCGUGCCGGUGUCUGAGUUUGUGCGAUGACUGCCGGGUCUCGCUAGCCAUGAAUAAUUUUGAUAAGUGUGUGUGCUGUCGGCGGGAGGUGAUUAGUUUCAGUCGGAUUUAUGUGCCGUAA